GUGACCGAUAUGAAAGACCAAAGAACUAGUUAAGAGGGCAGUUGAUAACUUUGAGAAAGAGUUGUUUGAAUGAGCUGGAGGUGUAGAGUGACCAAAAACUAGUUAGCAAAGCAAGGAGUUUAGCAGAAAGUGACUGUGGGUAUUUGAAACCCUGCAGUGCCUUUGAAACAUACGACGGAAACAUGGUGCAGCAAACAGAACACAGCGAGACGGAGAGUAGCAUGUCCAGGGAAGCUACAGACACGGAGGAAAGCGAAAUGAUGGCGUGCAGCCCGGUACCACUGAAACCCGUGAAAGCCGACUGGUGCAAGACAGCAACCGGUCACAUCAAACGACCCAUGAAUGCAUUCAUGGUGUGGUCGAAAGUCGAGAGGAGAAAGAUCAUGGAGCAGUCUCCGGACAUGCACAACGCGGAAAUCUCAAAACGACUUGGAAAGCGGUGGAAAUUGCUGAAGGACAGUGAAAAGAUCCCGUUUAUAAGGGAAGCCGAGAGGCUCCGGCUACAACACAUGGCUGAUUACCCCGACUACAAGUACCGACCCAAGAAGAAACCAAAGCUCGACAGUUUCACUAAGCCAGCGGUGCAGUCACCGGAGAAGACCAGCCUCAAACAUGUAAAAGCUCCCAGUAAGAAAUUCACUAAAUUGAAAACUACUAAGGUGGUGAAAACGAGACCAUCUCACGACCCUCGCUACGACUAUGUUUUCACCAGCUUUAAAACUACUAGUAAGUCCGUAAAAAGGGAAUAUACUGACGAUGAGGAUGACGAAGAGGACUACGAGGAGGAGCUGUCCUCUCGGAUUAAAGUGGAGGAGGACGAGGAACCGAUACCGUACAACAUCGCCAAAGUGCCCGCGAGCCCCACUUUGAGCUCCACUGCCGAGACAGAAGGCGCGAGCAUGUACGAUGAGUCUCGGAAUCCGAACACAGCUUCCAACAGACUGUUCUACAAUUUCAAGAACAUUACCAAGCAGAGCACAACUUGUCCUGCUUCACUCUCACCAGCAUCUUCAUUCAGGUCCGUGUCCAGCUCGUCCAGCUCCAGCGAAGACGCGGAUGAUUUACUGGUUGACUUCAGUUUAAAUUUAGCGUCCUGUGCUCACGGAGCGGAGCUGGGGAACUCGAAUUCAGGGAAUCUCUCUCUUUCCUUUGUGGAUAAGGACUUGGACUCUUUCAGUGAGGGCAGCCUCAGCUCUCACUUUGAAUUCCCAGACUAUUGCACCCCCGAGCUGAGCGAAAUGAUCGCAGGGGAUUGGCUUGAGGCUAACUUUUCAGAUUUGGUAUUUACCUACUAGCUAACUAAGUACAGAAGGAGUCAUCCUCUGGUAGUCGGUGGGACAGCGUUAUGAUCAGCCGGUUCCCUCCCCAGCGCUGUUAUUACCAUGGAGGGAAGGAGGGUGUCCUCCAUGAACUGAACCAAGAUUCGUUACAAUGUGGUACCAUUGCAAAAAAAAAGUGACAUUCAUGUCACCCUGACAGGGUUUUAUGGAUUUUCUUCGGGUCUGCAGUGAAACUGCUCAAAUUAAAAGUGGACCACAAAGAGUAGAAUCUGAACUAUGCAUUCCCAUCCUACUUGUAACCACUUGGGUUCUGAAAGCACGACUGGGCAGAUGCAGGCUAAAUCUGAGACACUGUUCAUUCAGGAUGUGUAACUUUUCAAAAGGUUUUAUGUGAUUUUUCUGUAUUUCACAAAACUGUUUUUUUCUUAUCAGUUCCGAAUCCCUACUGGUAUGGAAAAGUAGGCUAAACCCGCUGUAGAACACAGGUAUGGCAGGAAGCAGCAUUUUGAUACAUAACCAACAUACCUCAUCUUAAAAAAAAAAAAAGGAAAAUAUUUUCAGGCAUAUUUUUGUACAGUUAAACUAAGGGAAUGUUCUUACUGUGCUUUCAGUGAGUUUUUUUUCAGGCACUUCUAGUUCUACCCGGUUUCAUUUUAGUUUAGCACACAAGGGUUAAACAAUAUAAAUUUGCAUCUAAAUGCCUUGCGUUUAUUUUAAGCUAUGUAUGUACAGAACUAGAUCAGAUUUGGGGUGUUUUAAGGAGUUAAGUUGCAAUUGGGGAAUAUAGACCUCAUUGCUGGUACUAGAUUCAAGAUUGUAUAUGUUCUGUAAAAUAGUAAAGUUAGGAGUUUAUGUAUAUCGGUGUGAAUGGGUCCCAGAUAGCAGGUGUGAAACUGCAUUUUCUUGCAUUUUAUCAUCUUAAUGGCACAUAUUGUUUUCUUCAUUAUUUUGUGCAAUAUAGGCUACUCUUAAAUGGAUCAUCUGCGUUAUGUGUCGUCAUGCUGAAGGCUGUAUCUUGACAAAACUAAAUAAAUCAGCUGGAACUGG